AUGUACAGCUUCAAUACUCUUCGACUCUAUCUUUGGGAGACCAUUGUAUUCUUCAGCCUUGCAGCUUCUAAGGAGGCUGAAGCUGCCCGCUCCGCUCCCAAGCCUAUGUCACCCUCAGAUUUCCUGGAUAAGCUCAUGGGGAGAACCUCCGGAUAUGAUGCCAGGAUCCGGCCUAAUUUUAAAGGUCCCCCGGUGAAUGUGAGCUGCAACAUUUUCAUCAACAGCUUUGGUUCCAUUGCUGAGACAACUAUGGACUAUAGGGUCAACAUCUUCCUGCGGCAGCAGUGGAACGACCCACGGCUGGCCUACAAUGAAUACCCUGAUGACUCUCUGGACCUGGACCCAUCCAUGUUGGAUUCCAUCUGGAAACCUGACCUGUUCUUCGCCAACGAGAAGGGGGCCCACUUCCACGAGAUCACCACAGACAACAAACUGCUGAGGAUCUCCCGGAACGGGAACGUCCUCUACAGCAUCAGAAUCACUCUGACACUGGCCUGCCCCAUGGACUUGAAGAAUUUCCCCAUGGACGUCCAGACGUGCAUCAUGCAACUGGAAAGCUUUGGAUAUACCAUGAAUGACCUCAUCUUUGAGUGGCAGGAGCAGGGAGCUGUGCAGGUGGCAGAUGGACUAACUCUGCCCCAGUUUAUCUUGAAGGAGGAGAAGGACUUGAGAUACUGCACCAAGCAUUACAACACAGGUAAAUUCACCUGCAUCGAGGCCCGCUUCCACCUGGAGCGACAGAUGGGCUACUACCUGAUCCAGAUGUACAUUCCCAGCCUGCUCAUUGUCAUCCUCUCAUGGAUUUCCUUCUGGAUCAAUAUGGAUGCUGCUCCAGCCCGUGUGGCCCUGGGCAUCACCACCGUGCUCACCAUGACCACCCAGAGCUCUGGCUCCCGAGCAUCCCUGCCCAAGGUGUCCUAUGUGAAAGCCAUUGACAUUUGGAUGGCAGUGUGCCUACUCUUCGUGUUCUCAGCCCUGCUGGAGUAUGCCGCUGUCAACUUUGUGUCUCGGCAACACAAAGAGCUGCUCCGAUUCAGGAGGAAGCGAAGACAUCACAAGAGCCCCAUGUUGAAUCUAUUCCAGGAGGAUGAGGCCGGAGAGGGCCGCUUCAACUUCUCUGCCUAUGGGAUGGGCCCAGCCUGUCUGCAGGCCAAGGAUGGCAUCUCGGUCAAGGGCGCCAAUAACACCACCACCACCAACCCCCCUCCUGCACCAUCGAAGUCCCCGGAGGAGAUGCGAAAACUCUUCAUCCAGAGGGCCAAGAAGAUCGACAAACUAUCCCGCAUCGGCUUCCCCAUGGCCUUCCUCAUCUUCAACAUGUUCUACUGGAUCAUCUACAAGAUUGUCCGCAGGGAGGAUGUCCACAAUCAGUGA